AUGGAGACAACUGAAUUGCCGCAGACAAAAUUAUGUCGUGUGACACAAUUCAUCAAAUUAUUUGUGCGGACAUACGGAAACACGUUCAAUGAAACAUGCCCUAACAAUGAAGAAGGUUUAUCGUAUGAAGAAUAUAGAGAUGGCAUUGUAGAACUAUGUUUCGAGUGUGCAAAACCAGUUUAUCCGUUGGAUCAACUAGAAAAAAUCGACCAACACAAAAUAAUUGAAAAGGACGAGAAAAUAGGUAAUUCUGAGCUAUUCUGUGUCGAAUGUGAUAGAGAUUUGUUGAGAUUUGUUAAACCUGACGAGUGUGAAUUUUGUACCAAGAAUAAAGUAUAA